AUGAAGCCUCUCGUCAAGGGCGAAGACACAGGCAUUGUCGAGAUCCCAGCAAACUGGUACAUCGAUGACCUACCACCAAUGAUGUUCAUCAAGAAAGCGGCAAACAGCCACGGAUGGGUCAGCGCAAGAGAUGUCGAGCAGCUCUGGAUGGAUCAUUUCGACUACUUCUACCGCGAGCAUGACGAGUUUGUGUUCCCUAUGACGAUCCACCCUGAUGUCAGCGGUAGACCACAUGUGCUGUUGAUGCAUGAGAGGAUUAUCGAACAUAUCAACAAGCAUGAAGGUGUCGAGUGGGUGACGAUGGGUGAAAUGUCGGACGAGUUCAAGAAGAAGAACUCGCCGCCGCCGAAUGCACUGAUGCCGGCGACGAGAGAGGAGGUUGAGGAGAUGCUGAAGAAGCAGAAGAAGUAA